UUUCCGGUCGCCGUGGCCUCUGGUUUGGUUCCCUAAGAAGUCUCAUUCUUGGCUCUGCUCUCCACUCUCCAAGCCAGGCAGCCAAGAAGAGGGAGAAGGGUCUCUGUGGCUGGCCAACUGCCCCACGUGCUGAGCCCUGGCUCAGGAGGAACCAUGAAAUGCUGGAUUUGGAUACUAGGCCUUUUGCUGCUUCUGACCCAGAGUGGAGUCCAGUCUGAGGGGAGUAGGAACAGGACAGAGUCCCCUGCCUUCAAUGUGACCAAAGAAAAACGUGUGGAACAAGAGAUUCUAGAACCCAGAGUGUUCACCGAGGAUGGCCAGCUAUGCAGCUUUCCUUUCCGCUAUGGUGGGCGGAUGCACCAUUCUUGUACCUCUAAUGUCAGGUCCCUGAAGAAAUGGUGUGCAACCACACACAAUUAUGACCGGGAUCGGAAGUGGGGAUAUUGCAUCAUGACAUCCAAAGAGAACACAAGCAGCCUGGAUUACUGCGCCUCCAGCCCUUGCAGAAAUGGAGGAUCCUGCUCCAACUCCCAAGAUGCUACUUCCUACCACUGUGCCUGCCCUGAGGAAUUCACUGGCAAGGACUGCGAAAUGGAGAAAUGCUUUGAUGAAACCCGUUAUGAGUACUUUGACAUCGAUGAAAGCUGGGCUCGCAUCCAUCAAGGGGUUGUAGAGUGGUGCAAUUGCUCCAAGGGUCACAUUGAGUGUGAGAAGAUCCGAUAUACAGCCUGUGUGAAUAACCCAUGCCUCCAUGACAGUGUCUGUAGAAUGAUUGUCUCCACUGGGAAGACCAUCUGUGCUUGUGAAGGGCUCUAUAGAGGGAAAUACUGCAACAUUGUUCCUAGGGAGACCUGUUACUUAGGGAAUGGCACAGAAUAUCGGGGUAUUGCCAAGAAGACCAUCUCGGGUCAGAACUGUUUGCCCUGGAAUUCAGAUGUGCUGUAUCAAGAGCUCCAUGUGGAUAGUGUAGAGAAGGCUGUACAUCUGGGGCUGGGCCCUCACUCCUACUGCAGAAAUCCCGACAGCGAUGAGAAGCCUUGGUGUUACAUCAUGAAGGACAACACUCUCUCCUGGGAGUACUGCAACAUCUUCUCCUGCGUGAAUAAUCCGAGGAGCGGGUCUCGUCCCAACAUGGAAUUCCUGGCCAUCCCCGAGACUUCUCUGCCCAACAGACGAGCCUGUGGAAAGAGACACAAGAAGAGGACAUUCUUGAGACCUCGGAUUAUUGGAGGCUCGUCCUCCUUGCCAGGAUCCCACCCGUGGAUGGCGGCCAUAUAUAUCGGGGAGGUUUUCUGUGCCGGCAGUCUCAUUCACUCCUGUUGGGUCGUAUCAGCUGCCCACUGUUUUGCCAACAGCCCACCCAAGUCAAUUAUCAGAGUUGUCCUGGGCCAGCAUUUCUUCAACACAUCCACAGAUGUGACCCAAACCUUUGAAGUUGAGAAGUACAUCCUGUAUCCAUUAUACUCUGUCUUUAGCCCCAGUAAUCAUGAUCUUGUUCUGGUCAGGCUGAAGAAGAAGGGUGACCGCUGUGCUGUAAAGUCCCAGUUUGUCCAGCCCAUCUGCCUCCCGGAGAACGGCAUCACCUUUCCUGAUAAUCACAAGUGCCAGAUUGCAGGAUGGGGACACAUGUAUGAGAAUGUCACAGGUUACGCCACGUACUUACGAGAAGCACUGCUUCCUCUCCUGCCCGAUCACAAAUGCAGCAGCCCAGAGGUCUAUGGCGCAGAUAUCACCCCCAACAUGUUUUGUGCUGGUUACUUUGACUGCAAAUCAGAUGCUUGCCAGGGUGACUCAGGUGGACCUCUAGCCUGUGAAAAGAAUGGGGUUUCUUACCUUUAUGGGAUCAUCAGUUGGGGUGAUGGUUGUGGCAGAUUCAACAAGCCGGGUGUUUAUACGCGAGUGACCAACUACGUGGAUUGGAUCAAUGACAAGAUACGGCCUCCCAAGAAAGUAACCACUGCCUCUGAAGCCUGAGGUAAGCCAUGAAGGAUCUGCCUGGCCCGGGUUUGCCUCUGGACAUCACUGGAUGUGUUCAUUAUCACAAGUGUGUGUUUGCAUUGAACCAUGCUGGCCCUCUGGAAGAAUACUUUGCCAUGACAACAAUAAAGCAUUUUUGAAAGUUA